UUGUGCGAUAAGUUGACCGCACGUGCAUUGCCUUUUCGGGUUUUCAAUCGCAUUUUGGGGUGCAGUUGUUUGUUUUCAUUAUAAAAUCGUGUUUAAUAACAAACAAAACGAGUUAUAACUUCUGUGCGCUUUUAUUUUUGUUUCGCUAAAAAAAGAAGUUGAGAAGUGAGGUGCGCGAAAGUCAAGUGUGUUGCAAUGGGAAAAAAUAAUAGGAAAAAAAAUAAAUCGGGUAGCAGCAAUAAGAAUCAGCAACCAGCCAAUGACGCUGCCCACGCACCAACCCAGUCAUCAUCUAAACAAGUGCAACAGCAACAACAAACAACCUUCAAGCGGCCCACACUGACGCUGCAGAAACGCAAUGAGCUUAGUUCCCUAAUCAGUGCACUGCUCGAAAUCGGUUUCCGACAGCCCGCAAACCCUAAAGAAGAAUGGGAUCAGUAUUUAGAGAUACAAGCGCUGUUGCACCGUGCGCAAAUACUCGAAGCACCGCUGCGUCGCCCCACUUCCAAUCCAAGUGUAGAGGCGCGGGUGGCCAACAUCGAAAACUUCUAUCGCUGGGCAGCAAAAAAUGGCCUGCGUUACGAAGGUGUGCGUAUAACACAAUUUCAAGGCUACGAAUUGGGCUUGGAAGCAACGCGUGACAUAGCCGACGAUGAGUUGCUUUUCUCUAUACCACGCAAGCUGAUACUCUCCGAAGAGAAUUUGGACUUGGAAAAUAGUCCAGCACAAUUUGGUUCGAUGUCCAAUUUGAAGCUGUCGUAUGUGUUAAUGCUUGAAGCAUUAAAGCCUGAUAGUUUUUGGAAACCCUACAUCGAUUUGCUGCCGGAGAAGUAUAACACAGUCCUAUACUUUAAUGUUAAAGAAAUGGAAAUGUUACGCGGCUCGAAUGCAUUACCGGCGGCUUUGCGUCAAUGUAAAGCGAUUGCGCGUCAAUAUGCGUUUCUGUACAAUUGCACCGUGCAAGCGCCACGUGCAGAUAAAUUCAAUCCGAUGGGACAGGCGUUCAAGGAGCAGUUCAGCUAUGAGUUGUAUCGCUGGGCUGUCUCCACCGUGAUGACGCGCGAGAAUAUGAUUCCACGCUCUCGUCCACUUAAUGCUGCCACCGCCAAUGGCGGCGAUACUAGUCAAGACCAACCUGAUAACAUUGCUGCGCUCAUACCCUUUUGGGAUAUGGCAAAUCAUCGUCAAGGACGUGUAACUUCGUUCUUCAAUGUUGGCACACAGGAGAUGGAGAGCGCCGCUCAGUCGGAUUUCAAAGCUGGCGAGCAAAUAUUCAUACACUACGGUGAUCGUGCCAAUGCUGAUCUGAUGAUUCAUAACGGCUUUAUCAACCCCACCAAUCCGAAGGAUUAUAUUUGCAUCAAACUCGGUCUGGGCAAUUCGGAUCCGCUCUUCGAGCAACGCGCCAAACUACUUCUCCUAAUGCAGAUAACAAAGAAUACCGACUUGAAGGUAUUGCCUCCGCCCACCUACAUAUCACCUGAGUUGCUGGCAUUCGUGCGCGUUUUCAACAUGAACGCACAGCAGUUGGAACACUGGAUUACCUCCGAACGUGCCAUGGAUCUGUUGCAUAUCGACUGCGCGCUCGAGACAACGCUCGAAUCGAAGACAUGGCAGUACUUGCAGACACGUCUAAUGCUGCUGCUGCGCGUCUUUCCCACCACGCUGGAGGCGGACGAGGAGCAGCUGGCUGCAUACAAGAAAGGCGAGUUGUAUUUCUGCUACGUGGAGGCAAUGGUGCUGGAAUAUCGCGUGUUGGAGAAGCGCAUACUAGCAGCGGCGCUCGAAUAUGCUCGUCAGCGUGUCAAAGCUUAGGCGAUGGCACGUUGCGUGGAAGGAAAGGAGAGGCGUCGGUCGAUGACAAAGCGAUAAGGAGGCAAGCGCGGAGCAAGUGACGAACAAAGGUGCAAACUUUAUGCGCUGAAAUAACAGCAUGCUUUUGAAUGUGUGGAACAAAUGGAAUUUGUGCAAACUAGCCGUGGCCAUUGAAACUUAUAAUGCUCAGCAAUACAAACAACAAUUAUGUUAAGUUAUUUUUUCUGAAAAUUUCUUAAUUUUUUCUGAAAAUUAAAUUGUUUCAAUUUAGUUUUUUUCUUUUUUUUUUAAUAAGCUCCUUUAACAUACUAUGACAUGUUUUAGCAGCAUUUUUUGAAGACCUAAUAGCGCUGUAGGGAAAAUCUGAAGUUUUGAAAUGACACAAAAAAAAACGCCGAGGCACGUAAACUUAAUUUUUGGUCGUAGAUUAUGGAUCUUUUGAUAAAUAAAA